UAACACGUGGAUUAAAACAGAACCUCUUCGCUUCAGGAAUGGAGUUCACCACGGAGAAAACGAGCUCACAAGCUUUGCUGUCAUGUGGCAACGGAGCAGGUCUCAGCGAGACGCUUCUCCUAAAGCCGAGGGCUGGCAGACCCCCGCAGACAGAGAGAGUCCCAAGAAGCAAUGUGUUGGAGCGGCUGCAGACCUUCCUUCCUCAGAUGGCUGAAGCCAACGAGAAACUGAAGCAGCAAUUGGAAGUGGCUCCUGCUGGACGCUUCGACAUAGAGAACGUGGAGGAGGCACAGAGAGUGAUAGAGAUGGACGUUGCCUUGGUGGAGCUCAGCGGGUCAGACAGCGCCUCAGAACAUGAAGAGGAGUCGUUGAGUUCUGAGGAGGACUCGGAAUUUGAUGAUGAGCAAGAGAUCACAGAGCAGAACCUUAAACUACCUGGAGACAAAGGCAAGAAGAGGAAGGCCAACAUCCAGGUUCUGGACCAGCAGGGGGAGUAGAUGUGUCACACAGCCGCACAGACUUACAGCUGCGUGUUGAGUUUCUUUUCCCUCUGAGGUGAAGUGGGUAAAACCUCUGCCUCAGGUGUCAAAGGAUUUUAACCCGACUUCACAGACACAGAGGCGGUAAACUGAAAUUUCCUGCAUUGACCUAGACCUGAGUCAUUGCCAUGGAAACGACAGUAAAUGUUAUUUCGAAUGGGUGGAGGUAACUUUUGUGAAAGUGCCUUCGGAGUCAGAACAGAUACUGUGAUUACCUCAUCCUGUAUGGCCAACUGCUGAUCAUGUGACCUCUCAUUGUACAUGGAGUGUUCAGGUGUAACACGGUGGAUCAUCUUGUUUUUAUGAGUGUGUUCUUACUGAUGUAAUGUUCAGGCUGUAUUCAGUCUUAAACAAGUUAAACCUAACAUGUUAGCCACUUAAAUUAAUCCUGUUAAUUUGUAAUUACAUGACCAUGUUCUCUGGUUAAAUUGAUCUGAUCUUCAGCUCAGUGGCCACUUUAUUAGAUCCACCUUCCUAAUACCAGAUAGGAGCCUUCUUUGUCUCCCAGAGCAGCCUGAAGUCUGGGUGUCAUGGAGUCAAUGAGGUGCUGGAAAGAGAUUCUGAACUAUUGAGUGUUUAGUGACAUGGAGCCUUAUUCUGCUGGAAGUAGCCAUUAGAAGAUGGUGGACUGUGGCCAAAGAGGGAUGAACAUGGUCACCAACAACACUCAGAUACGCUACAGCAUGUAAACCAUGCUCAGCUGGUAGAAAAUAUUCCCCACACCAUUAAACCACCACCAUCUCCAGCAGGGACUGGAUCUGCAUGUGGCAGCAGAAAUCCAGAUUCAUUAGACCAGGGUACAUAUUUGUUGUGCUGUGAGUCUGUUCACUGCAGCCUCGGGUUUCUGUUCUUAGCUGACAAGAGAGGAGCACAGUGAGGUUCCUCUCCUCUGCUGCUGUAGUCUGUCCACUUUACAGUUCAAUAUGUUGUGCCUUCUGAAAUGCUUUACUUAAUUUAUCUUGUGCUUUUCUUUGUGUCACUGGCUGAUUUUAUUAUUCAACUCCUUGAAUUGCUUUAUCUGAGGACCCAGUUCAGUUAGAAACCAUCGUAAUGAGGACAUUGCUGUGAGGGCAUUUUGACAGUGAUGGUUAUUUGUGAUCAUCUAGUGGUUGAAAUAGCUGUAGACCAGCUGACUUUCACCUUUGAAAGUCAGAAAGGACUCUGACUCUUAUUCUACCUCUGAUAUUAAACAAUGACAGAAGAGCACAACUAUGAAUUAGUUUUAAUAAUCAGCACUUAUGUGUAGUUUCCAGUUGAGCAGUGUGUCUCUGGACUCCUGGUGGGAGGAAACCUGGAGUUGAGUUUAAGACAUAUCAGCCUGUGCUCUAUCAAACUCCAGGUUUCCACAUCCUGUUUAAGAGUGUGCAUUCAUAUUGAAAAAAGACCCAUCUCAUUGUUGAGGUCAAAUCAGUGAUUGUUUUCCAAACAUUCUUGAAGGAGGAUUUAUUGCAGGAUCAGGCUGACUUCACUUUAGCUAGAUGUAUCCAAUAAACUGCCAACUGAGUGUAGUUUAUUUUUCCUUUCCUCUCCCUUAUUCCCCAUUGGGAACCAGCAGGAGCCUUUGUUACACUUGUACCUCAUUCAUACAGUGUCACAAAAUGACACUUUAAGCCGCAGGCUGUAUUCUAAGUUUUCCUGAGAGGUCUCUGUGCGUACCUCUGUCAACUAAGACCAAACAACUAACCUUUUUUUUGUUUUCCUGUAGAACAGUCAUUGUCCUAAAGAAGAAGAAAAGAGUUCAGAGGUGUGUG